GAGAGUGUGUGAGAGAGAGAGAGAGAGAAGACGACAAUAGAAGUACAGCGUGGGGGGAAUGAUAGAGUGACAGGGAGAGUCAGAAAGACAAAGGGUGAAACGGACAAAAGAGAGGCAGAUGUACAGACAGACAGACGGAGACCUACCUGAGCAGGGAGGAGAGAGAGAGCAUCUAUAACAGUCAAACAUAGACACAAGGGAUUAGAAUGAGAACUCUGUCUUUAGCAGACCUGCGCUGACACUCCAGCCCUGACUGAAAAGUUUUCCAGCCAGACCAGGGUUUGUUCUGAUGGCGACGUUGUGGGUCAUGUUUCACCUGCUUUUCCUGCUUUCCUCAUCACCAGGCUCCACACACAACAUCCACGGGCUCUCUUGUCUGAAUGAUUAUAUCAACAACAUCACCUGUGUGUGGAACAGCUCGGGAACAGAUCCUAAUCUUGGCUGUCGGCUCCUAGGAACAAGAGAAAACUAUAAGAGGGAACUUCUCCAAAGUGGUUGUGACCUCAAGCCUUUGGAUGGCCUAGUAGAUUUAUCCCGAGGCUGCAGUUUUGUCUUUGAGGACCAUGAAUUCAGCUCUGCUGAGUACCUCUCCAGCAUGAAGGUGGAAUGUAACGGGUCUGAGAUUGCAAGUCUAGAACAAUACCAUCCUAUUAAGCACAUAAAGAUGCAUCCUCCUGCCAACCCGGUAUUCGUUAACGGGACCAACCUCACCUUCAGCGCCGGUAACCUUCUGUCUAAGAAAAUCUACAUCUAUCAGUUCCAGGUGCAGCUGAAGAGGGAAGACGAGCCUUGGAAUGACACCCAUAGUUUUAUUAAGACACAUAUGGAGCCAUGGAUUGACAUCAAGUUGGAGCUGCCUGGGCUGUACCACAUCAGGGUGAGGGUCAGGGCAACGGAGCCCCCCUCUGACACCUGGAGUGACUGGAGCCCCACUGUAGAGUACAGGGUCCCGCAGACCUUCAUCCAGCCAGACAUCACCAUCUGGCUUGUACUGACUGGGGUGUUCACUGGUCUCCUCAUGCUCUUCCUCCUGGUCUUUUACAAAACUCACAAUAACAACAGGAAAUGCCAAUAUGUGCCUGACCCUGCCAAAUACUUCCACACAUUGAAUUCUGUCCACGGUGGAGACUUCCAGAAAUGGCUGAGUCCCCCGUUUGCCCCGGAAGCCUUUAACCCCGUGCAGGCCGGUGAGGACACCUCCAACCUCGAGGUUUCUGAGACGGAGGUCUGUGACCUCAGCCACUCCUCCUUCUCUACCACCGUGGCCGUCCUCCAACACCCCGACCCCGACGCCGCCCCGGAGGACUCCAGCAGCCAGUCCUCCUUUUUCUCCAACGUUGGAUACUUCUACUCCAACCAUACCAGUGGCCUCUGCUUCGAGUCCUGCCCGGUCUACUUCACCUACCGGGGGGACGAGCCCUCCCUCUUGGCAGCCACCUCCUCCUCCUAUGAGCGCCUGCAGCAUCUUGACUGGCCGCAACGGGAGCCCCAGAGCCCAGACUCUGGCUUUGGCAUGGAGAAUGGAGAGGACCCGGUGGAGGAGGAAGGAGAGGGCAAGAAGCAAAGCAUGAUGGUCCACGUUGACCAUCAUUCACCCCCUCUUCUUGUCCUAACCCUCUCCUGGCCGGCUCAAAUGUCAACUGGGCCUCAGCAGACCCCGAGUGUCCCCCAGCUGCCCCUUCAGAUCACAGAGAUAGCCUCUGAUACAGUGCCCUGCAACCUUUACAGUGCCUGGCCAGUAGAUGGCGCUCUAGGCAGAUCCUCCUCAAUGACAGUAGAGCCCACUUGCAGCGGAUAUUUAACCGUUAAAGAGUUGCAGAAUACCUACAGCAACAAGUCUAUUUGAACGGUGCGGGCCAAUUAAAAACCAUUAAAAGCCAUCAGAUGUUAAUCAGCUGAUAUCUCAAUUAAACCAGCAAUACUUGCAAAAAGUACCCAAACAGAUUUUAAUUGCAACCAACACUGGCCAACAAUUCUCAUGACUUCUUAUUUUUUAUUUAGUCUUUUAGUAGAAAGCUAUUCUGUCAUUUGGCUGUUAUUAUCAUUGGGAAUACUUAGACCUGUUUCGAGAGCAGUCUAAGAGCAUCUGUUGGGAAAUAAAAUCGAAACAAUAGUGCAGCAAGUUUAUUUUGGCAAAUCACCAACACAUUGUUUUAACAGAAAAACUAAGCUGUUGAAGACUCUCAUAAUAGGUUCUGUGCACCAGCGUAUGGACGAACUUCCGCUUUAGCCAGAUGUCGGCAUAUCAUUUUUGAAGUCAUUGAAUG